AUGCGCUCCUUCGUCUCGGCCGCAGUCCUCGGCCUUUUGGCCUGCACCCCUGCCCUCUCGGAGCAGAUCGUCUUCAACGGCCAGCCGGAAGCCGACGAUGGGGUCUGGCAGGCCAACAUCGGUGCCGUGUUCAACUCGGACAUCUUCGCAAACUACGGUGCCGCCAGCGUAGCCGCCCUACCCUGGAAACCCACCACUGUGCUCAUCUCGGACCAGUGCGUCCUGCGUGGGCGGUACGAGCAGGUGGACUGGAAGCCAUCCCGGGGCCAGAUCUGGCGCCUCGACACGCUGACGGGCGAGAAGGAGGUCGUCAUGGGCAACUACACCGCCAUGGACAACACGUACCUACGAGGCCCGGGCGUCGGCAUCAACGGCAUCAAGAUCCGCGGCAAUACCCUCUUCUGGGUCAACCAGGACACCGGCGGCGUCUACAGCUUCGAAAUCGACGAGGCUGGCUACCCCGUGCCGCGCGACGCGGAGCCCAAGGUCCUCGCCGACGUAGACACCUCGUGGAACGACUUCGACAUUGGCCCUGGCGACAUCGACACGAUCUGGGUCACGUCCUUCUUCCACACCGUCAUGGCCAUUUCGCCCAACAACGGCACCGCCAUCCCUAUCGGCGGCCGAGGCACCACCGAUCCUGAAGUCUACGCCGGGCCGACUUCUGCCGCUUUCGGAAAGACAAAGCAUGAUUCCCACAUCCUGUACGUUGUGGGGAAUAUGGAGAAAAUCUAUGAUCACUUCAGCGGCAUCUCCCUGAAGGGCUGGGUUCGCGCCGUUGACACGACGGGCUUUCACUUCUGA